GAUCUGAUCUUCAAAGGCCAAGGAGAUCAGCUUUUUCAUUCUACCAUCUUCUACCUCUCUCUCAACUCCACAACCGUUAAAACCGCCGCCCAAGCCGCCAGCAACCUCCUCCCUGCCGCCGACCAAUCUCCCCAUAAUCUAACGCCCAAGCCUCCAGCAUCCUGUGGUGCUUUGUAUAGCUAUUUCUCAGCUCAAACUAUUGACAGUGAAGUGAAAAUGGAUCUGAAUCCCAUCAAGGAUGCAUUUGAUCGUGUUGCCAAAAAGCAAAAGAUGUCUGGUUCUAAAACACAAGAAGUCGUUGCCCAGAUGAUACUAGAGAUUGAGAAUUCAUUAGAGAUAAUUAAGGCAGAACAUUUUGGUUCUGAAGUGGACUGUAAAUCUGUCUUUGGUGAACUUAAGAAAAAGUUGCUAGAAAUUGCUCCACUCAGUCAGCUGGAAGGCACACAGAAGGAACUAAAUAUAGCACUGAGCAAGUACCCAAAGCAGCUUGAGAAAUCUUUCAACCCAGACAUAGCCAAAGCUUAUAGAAACAUCGAUUUUGAUGCUCACACUGUUAACCAGAUAAUUGCCGGCCAUUUCUACCGGCAAGGACUGUUUGAUGUCGGUGACUGCUUUAUAAAUGAGGCCAAUGUACCAGAAUCUACUGCUGCUAUGAAAUCUCUUUUCUCAGAAAUGUAUCUGAUACUCGAAGCUAUGAAGAACAAAAAUCUAGAACCUGCGCUAAACUGGGCUACUGCCAAUUCCAAUAAGCUCAAAGAAAAUGGGUCAGACCUGCUGCUGAAACUUCAUUGCCUGCAGUUUGUGGAAAUACUGCAAGGUGGAAGUAGAAGCAAAGCGCUCUCAUAUGUUAGAACUCACAUUUCUCCUUUUGGUGCCAACCAUUUUUCAGAAAUCCAGAAGCUUAUGGCCUGUCUCCUGUGGUCUGGAAGGCUCCAUCACUCUCCAUAUUCUGAUUUACUAUCACCCACUAAUUGGAAUGUGGUGGCUGAGGAACUUACGAGGCAGUUUUGUAAUCUUUUGGGGCAGUCUUUUGAUAGCCCAUUGAGUGUGACAAUAGCAGCAGGGUUCCAGGGUCUGCCACCUCUUUUGAAGUUUAUGAAUGUGAUGGCAGGGAAGAAACAUGAGUGGCAGUCAAUGAAACAGUUACCAGUGCCAGUGGAGUUGGAUAGGGAAUUUCAGUUCCAUUCCAUCUUUGUAUGUCCUGUGUUAAAGGAGCAAUCAACUGACGAGAACCCCCCUAUGUUGAUGCAGUGUGGCCACGUGCUAUGCAAGCAGUCUAUCAAUAAGAUGUCAAAGAACGGGUCCAAAACUUUUAAAUGCCCUUACUGUCCGUCUGACAUCGAUUCAACACAGUGUAGGCAGUUACAUUUCUGAUUUGUACCCAAACUUGUACAUUAAUUUGUAUAAAACUCUCUCAUGAACCGAGUGAAGUGAAAUGAUGUAGAACUGGUGGUUGUGUGUUGUGUAGUGUAGCCAGGGGUGUGAUGAUGGUGGCAAAGCUGGUGUGUGAUGUACUGUUUCUCUAUGAAUUUGUUGUAAAUAGACAUUCUUUGGAUUUUAUUGUUGGCCGUCGGAAGCCAUUUCCACAGGCUUUUGUUUCCCAA